CCGCAUCCUCGGCUACCAAGCCGAAAUUUAUGGCUGCAACUUAGCGUUGCUUUUCCGCUUAAGUUUACUCGUAUAAGAAACAGACCUCUCAAAUCUGAAUAUGGGCUUACUCAGACUCAGAUUAGUCCGUGUUUGGAUUUAGAUUUUUCGCCGUCGUCAGUUUUUUACAGCUUUGGCAAUGGACCCAAAUGCUGACCCUGAUCACCACCUGUUGAUUGAACACAUUGUACCACAAACUAUGCAAAUCGAUCCAAGAAGAGCCCGGUUUCCCUGCUGCAUCGUGUGGACUCCACUUCCUGUUAUAUCAUGGCUGAUUCCUUUUAUUGGCCACAUUGGGAUAUGCAGGGAAGAUGGAGUAAUCCUGGACUUUGCAGGUCCUAAUUUUGUGUGUGUAGACAACUUUGCAUUUGGGGCAGUGACCCGCUACAUCCAAAUAAACAAAGAAAAGUGCUGCAUUUCUCCUUAUCCAGCUGCAUACAAAAGUGAAGAGGAAUUCAAUCAGGAAGAAUCUGGAAGCGACACGUUAACUUGGGAUGAUGCACUAUGUAAGAGCACGCAGGAAUUCCAGCACAGGGCUUACAACCUUUUUACUUGCAAUUGCCACUCGUUUGUAGCGAACAAUCUGAACAGGAUGGACUUUCAGGCUGGUGGGUGGAAUGUUGUGAACCUUGCAAUCUUGAUUUUCCUCAAGGGAAAGUGGGUGAGUAAAGCAUCUAUGGUACGAUCAUACUUGCCAUUUGUCAUUGUGUUUGGUCUGGGACUCACCUUCGGAGGAUGGACCUUCCUAACUUUCGUGGCGUUCUUCACUUUCCUUCUUGUGGGUUGGUUUCUACUUGGUACUUAUUGUUUCAGGAAUUUGAUCCAGUUGUAGUCUUUACAUUAUUUGUUUCUUAUGAUUUGUAGUUAACAAAAAUUUGUGGAUCUCAUAUGCGAUAUACCUGAGAUUACCUGCUUGUGGCAUCUUUUGGAUAGUUUAGAAUGAACAUGUUAAUGAAUAUCAUUCCUUUUUAUUCAUCUGCAAAUUUAUUUCAUCAUCAUUGUCAUCA